UCUAGCGGCGGUCACACUGGAUCCACAUUAGUUUUUUUUUCGGGUCCAAAAUCUGUCCAAAUCCGCAAAUUGCAACCAUAUUCUUGUAUUCAGAGACCUGGAAAUUAGAUAGACAAAGUGAGAGUAAGCUGAUAAAAGCCAAAAGUUCACAAAUCUCAGAGGAGCAACAUCCUUAAAACGAGAGCUUGCUGCCCACUUUUGGAUGCCUGAAAAGUAUUAUGGAAAGAGGAUGCUCAGCUGCUAGCAGUGAAUCCGUGGCAGGGGAGCGUACUCAGUCAGCAGUCAGCAGCUCCACCUCCACGUGGGCCAAGAAUCAGGCCUCCACAAGCCGGAAAGCAGAAGCAUCAGACGGAUUAGAAGCAGUACAAACAGGAUCACUAGGAGCCGGCAGAGAAGCCUUUGUAUCUAUGUCAACGCUGCGGGAAGAUGUGGAGGACGUGUGUGUGUCGUCAAAUUCACAACAUGGUUUCGCCGUAGUUCUAGACGACGAGUCUAGCACCUUUGAGAUUAGCUCUUCCAACUCAUUGCCCAUCAGUGCGGAGGCGGCAUCCACGGUGGGUGUGGUGGCCGUCGACGACAGCUCCUCUACGGAUACCUUGAACGGUGGUCAUCAGGGUUUAAGUCACCCCGCCUCCUCAGAGCACAGUCGUCAGGGCUUUUUUAACGAGGAUAAUGAGGAUCCCCCGGUUGUAUGCCUUAUAAAUGACGACGAUGAUGAGGAUCCUGAGCCGGAGGAGGAGGACGAGGAGGAACUGAUUGAGGAAGCUGAUGAGGAUUUAGUGAACAUUGCAGUAGUCGCUAUCGACUGCCCCAACACAUCACAAUUGGCUUUGGCCGAUGGCACCAUCAUGGCGGCAGAUGGAUCCAAAAUCUUCCUAGAGACGCCGGUCGUGGAAGAGGCCCAGCCACAUCCCGGUCAGGUGGUAACAACGGGAUCCCAGUCGGAGCUCACAGGCAAGCCCAAGAGAUUGAGCGACGAGUUCUUGCUGGGUGAAGAAGAGCAGGCGGAGAAUCUUGCCUUGGGUAGGGGUAUCAAGUCAGAGCCUGUCGGUGUUCUAGACGACAAUCCUUCUGAGGGCGACGAUGCGGCCACUUGCUCCUCCCUGCAUGACCGUCUCAUGUCCGUGCGUUUGAGGCAGAUGAGCCUCACAGCCGUUUCGAAUCCCUCGCCUGCAGCCUCUGCCAACGCUGCCGCUCCAGAGGAGGCCUCAACAUCCAGUUCUAGCUCAAACUCCAGUUCCGCUUUGUCCAAGGCAGACAUUGAGUCAAUGGACCUUAUUGAGCGACGCGAUUUUGAGACUGAACAGCGUCUCACAGGCGGAAUUAUCCUGCGCACCAGCUCUAUGUUGAGCCAGAACAAACUGAAUCUAAGUCUGAUCAAAUCCAUGGCGGGGGGCAGCAGGGUGGCGAAUGGAUCGAGUACCGCCAACAGCGACGACUGGCCUAGCAGCAGCAAUGGGCGUACCGUCUCCUCGGACAGCAAGUACACCUACAAGGAUCUGUCCACUACUCCCACAAGCAGCCGCAAGUACACCAACAGCCGGCUAAGCAAGUCCACUGCCAAACUAAAUUUGGGCUCCACGUUGGCCGCUUCCAGCUGCAGCCAGCACCGGAGCACUUCAAGCUUUACGUCAAAACCCACGGAGUCAUCGACCAGUUGCACCGGAGCAGCUAGAACAGAUGUUUACACCAACACCAACUCGAAUGAUUACCCAGGUCUGGCUCCAUCUACUUCAUCCACAUCCAGUGCUAGCUGCCAGCAGGAUCAGGAAGAAAAUGUAAGCGCAUCCGUCUCCUACAGCUCGGUGGGUUCGCAGACCUCUCAGGAAGGUGGUUGCAGUCGCACCACCGCCAUAAAUCCAACUGCCGCCUGUUCCGCCGGGACUGCCUGCUUGGGUGAUUCUCAAGCUUCAACAUCGGCUUCCACCUCAUCCGCAGCUGGAGCGUCCAACCCCAAUCGUUGCCAGUAUGCUACUGCAUCUACAACGAAGGCAGCUCGUCAGGUGAAUGCAAGCGCCCAAACCCAGGAGCGUUUCCUAGCACGCAGCAACUCCUCAGCAACCAGUGCAGCGGGAGUAGGUGGUGCACAGCCAGUGGCAUCAGUUCGGCAACGCCGAAACGGUUCCAGCGAUGUUGUUCACCUGGAAGUUGUUGUAGAAGAGGGAGCUGCCGGAGGUGACGGCGGUUUGGUGGAACACGGUGAUUUUAGUGCGGAGGAGCCGUGGGUUAAUUGCGAUGACGAGAAUAACUGCUCUGAUCUGGAGGAGAUCUGCACUUGCCAGAACGGUAAUGGGAGCAGCUAUGGCGGCAGCAAUGCCAGUCUCAGCGAGACAUUCGACCUGGACGCCAUGGACCCGGAUGAGCCCAUUUCACUGUCACUUUCCACUGCCGCUACUGGGACUGGCUUCUCCGAAUGCUCGCUGACCAAUCCAAGCUCACUAAUCUCACAGCAACGCAAACGGAAGUACAACGAGGGCCGCCUACUGGAUGGAGGUGACUACUCGCUGACCAUCUCGUCAAGCGGGGGAGUAGGCGGGCUGGGCUCGGGAGUCAGUGACAGUUGCCGAAAACGGAUUGCAUACGAUUUCGCAUCCACGCCGCGCUCCUCGCAACACUCGGGCCCCACUGCGGUUUUGUCCAUGACGCCCUCAUCGCAUCUGGCCAACGCCUCGCCAGGGUCGGGUUUGGGUCGCCGCACGCCCCGUUCUGUUCCAACUCGUGACAAUCCACCACCAGAGCUUCAGCACUGGUUGGCCCAAUUCCAACGAUGGUCCCAUGUCGAACGAUUACUAGCCUUGGACCGGUUGAUUGACCACUGCGAUCCCUCGCAGGUGCGCCACAUGAUGAAGGUAAUUGAGCCGCAGUUCCAGCGGGACUUCAUCUCACUGCUGCCAAGGGAGUUGGCCCUCUUUGUGCUGUCUUAUUUGGAGCCCAAAGAUUUACUGAGAGCCGCCCAGACCUGCCGCAGCUGGCGUUUCCUGUGUGACGACAACCUGUUGUGGAAGGAGAAGUGCCGCAAGGCCCAGAUCCUCGCCGAACCGCGCAGCGAUCGGCCCAAACGAGGUCGUGAUGGCAACAUGCCUCCAAUUGCCUCACCUUGGAAGGCUGCCUACAUGCGCCAGCACAUCAUCGAAAUGAACUGGCGGUCGCGACCUGUGCGCAAGCCCAAGGUGCUUAAGGGCCACGAUGAUCAUGUGAUCACAUGCCUGCAGUUUUCCGGCAAUCGCAUUGUGUCGGGCUCCGAUGAUAAUACGCUUAAAGUAUGGUCAGCGGUGAACGGAAAGUGUUUGCGAACUCUAGUGGGUCACACCGGUGGCGUUUGGUCUUCCCAAAUGUCCGGAAACAUCAUCAUAUCGGGCAGCACGGAUCGCACACUCAAAGUCUGGGACAUGGACAGUGGUGCUUGUGUCCACACGCUUCAGGGACAUACGUCUACAGUGCGGUGUAUGCAUCUGCAUGGUAGCAAAGUUGUCAGUGGCUCGCGAGAUGCAACUUUGCGAGUCUGGGACAUUGAACAGGGCUCCUGUCUGCAUGUACUAGUUGGCCAUUUAGCUGCUGUACGAUGUGUCCAGUACGAUGGAAAACUGAUUGUGUCCGGAGCUUAUGAUUAUAUGGUUAAGAUCUGGCAUCCAGAGCGACAGGAGUGCCUGCACACUCUGCAGGGGCACACAAAUCGCGUAUAUUCCCUACAGUUUGAUGGCCUGCAUGUGGUCUCUGGCUCAUUAGACACCUCCAUCCGAGUGUGGGACGUGGAAACGGGCAAUUGCAAGCACACCUUGAUGGGCCAUCAAAGUUUAACCUCCGGUAUGGAACUGCGUCAGAACAUUCUUGUCUCGGGCAACGCCGAUUCCACCGUCAAGGUGUGGGACAUCACUACCGGACAAUGUCUGCAAACGCUGUCGGGUCCAAACAAGCAUCAGUCUGCGGUCACCUGCCUGCAGUUUAAUUCCCGAUUUGUGGUGACCAGUUCCGAUGAUGGUACUGUUAAGUUAUGGGAUGUUAAGACAGGCGAUUUUAUACGUAAUCUUGUGGCUUUAGACUCUGGUGGUUCCGGCGGCGUUGUGUGGCGGAUUAGGGCAAACGACACCAAACUCAUUUGUGCUGUGGGCUCCCGCAACGGAACGGAGGAAACAAAGCUUAUGGUAUUGGACUUUGAUGUGGAGGGGGCAUGUGUCAAAUGCUCAUAGGAGCCGGUGGGACACUUCCGGUCCGGCCUUCGCUUGCGCGUUUGGAUACAGGCGGCGAACGGUCAAGGACGGGGCAGCUAGUAUACAGCUUCAAGCGAGAUUUCAUUGCAAACUCAUCUAAGCACAGAAAAAUACACACAGACAGAUACCGCGGAUGUGAAAGUCCGCAAAGUAAUGUUGAUUGCCUUGCCAACAAAAUGCAGCUGCUCACAUACACCACAUACACACACACCAUUCACACUAAACACACAAAACAAUUAAGGGAAAAAGUGGAGGGCCGGGUGGGUUGGGGUGUGGCUGUGGCUGUGAGGGUGUAUUGUUAAUAAUACCUUCUUAAAAUUUACGUUGCUUUAUAGCCAAAAUUCGUUUUCCACCGUAGAAUAAUUUCGCUUCUUAGUUUUUAUUACAUUUAUGCAUAUGGCGAGAGUCGAUUGAAUUAAUGAUAAUAUUAUAAUUACGUAUUAUAAACAGCAGAUAUACAGUUGCAGAUGCAAGUACUUUGUUCCGCGUCAUGUGAACCCGAGAAGAACGUUUAUGAAAACAGAGCUUUAUAUUGAUUAAAUUGUAAUUUGUUUAACUGGAAUUUGGAUAAGAUGAAUGUGUUAAUAUUUGAAUAUUGGCCCAGCAUUUGAGUUGAGUUUGCCGUCUAUUAUGUUUACAUUUGUGGUUUCGUUUGGUCCAUCUUGUUUUGUUUAAAUGUACCUCGAGUUACCUAUAUUCUAUUAUCGAAUUCUAAUUGUUUCCCCUUAAAUUUGAUUUGAUUUAUUUGUCGUAUAGUAGCGUUAGCUAUAUUGGCUUCCAAUUCCAAAUUCGAAAUUCCUCAUUUGCCAGGAACCUGCCACAAUUGCCGUACGUAGCGUUUAAGAGUCAUCUGCUGAAACUCAUCGAGCAGCAGCUCGCCCCUACUAAACAACUGCAACAACACUGCAACACAAAAAAAACAACACUCACACACACGUGAAAUCAUUAAGCGAACAUAUAUUUUAAUUAUAGACUGAUUUAUUAGUAAUUGAAAUUAAUCUACAAAUAUGUAUGUGUAAUGGUACCGUAUGUAUUUCAAUAAAAUUUAUCGGUUUAAGCAUAAAUCUGAAUAAACGCAGGAAUAAUAAUAAAACUAGUUAAAACCA